CCGGUCUCCCGCAAGCAGCGGCUCAUGGCAGCGGUGGGCGAGCGGGCGGCGGGCGGCGGCGGCGGCGGCGGCGGCGGCGGCGCGCCUCUCUCCUGCUUCAUCUGCGGCGGCGGCAUCGGGCGCGGCAAGGAGCUGAAGCUGCAGGUGAAGCAGCCGGCGGCGGGCGUGGGGGCCCCGGCGCAGCCCUUCUUCCCGUUCUUGCAGCAGCAGGAGCCGGCGCCCGGCGCGCGCGAGCUGUCCCCGGCCGACGGCUGCGUGCUGGUGUGCGCCGUGUGCCGAUGCUUCCUGGGCGAGCAGUGGGCCGCCUUCGAGCGCGCCCGCACGCCCGUGGACAAGCGCAUGUACUGGCUCAAGCGGCCCCACCAGUGCGACGCGGGUGCGGGCGGACGCCGCGGGGGUGCCGGGGCCCCCCGCGAGUGGAACGUCGCCUACGCGCUGGGCGCUGCGGCCGGCGACGAAGACGACGACGACGGUGGCAGCGGCGGUGGCCCCGGGCCCCGCGCGGCCGCUGAGGAGCCUCGAGACUCAGAGCUGUCGGAGCUGUCGGACACCGACCCCCUCUCCGAGCCCGACCCUGCCGCGCGCGACGCCGCCAGUCCCCACCAGCACGGGGCGCCGGCGGCUCGGGCUGCCCCGGGGCCCGGGCCUCGCGGGGGCCGCUGCCCGGAGUGGAGGCUGGCGCCGGGCCCUUCUCCCGGACAGGGCGCAGAGACCACCGCAGCGGGGGACGUGGAAAAGGAGGAGGUCCCCUCGAAGCUCCGAGUGGACGGGGAGCCCAAGGCGGGCAUCCGGCGCCGGCGGAAGGGCCAUGGGAGGCACUGGGUCCCGGAGGCCCGGGCCAGCGUCCUGAGGGGCAUUCAGGACCCUUGGCAAGGGCCUGCAGUCCAGGUGGCCCCUGCAGAGAGCAUGAGAGGAGCCCCUUCCGGCAGGGCCGCCAAGACUCCUGAGAGCAGGCCGCUGGGGGAGACCCGCGGGGGCUGCUGCGUGUCUGAGGACAGUGACGUCAACAUCACCAGUGAGGAGGAGGGCCACCAGGAAGAGCCUUCCUCAGGCCCCCGUGGCCCCGGAGACACAGAAAACGGUGGCGGCCGCGUGCCCCGAGCUCCCCUGGAGAGCCGGGCCGCACCACCAGAGGGCCUUUGCUGCUACAUCUGCGGGUCGGCGCUGUCCCCGGCCUCGCAGCACCAGAUCCACGUGCAGAAGCAGGAGAAGCUGGCCCAGGCCCCUUUCUUCCCCUUCCUGUGGCUGCACAGCCCACCCCCGGGAGCACAGCCCAUCAGCGAGGGCGGCAGCACCCUGGUGUGCCCCUGCUGCUUCUCGUCCCUCAUGCAGCAGUGGCAGAGCUUCGAGCUGGCCGAUGUGCCCAUCCUGCAGAGGCUCUACGUGGUGCCCCUGAACAGCCACGCCCCCGGCAUGGCCUCCAAGGGCAGGAGGCUCCAGAGGGAAGAGGGCCCACCCGCCGGGGCCCUGCCAGAGGCGUGCUACCUCUGCGGGGAGGACUGUACCCAGGAUGCCCGGGCAGUAGCCUCCAGGAUGCUCAAUGGCAACACCAGGGGCUCCAUGCAUUUCCCCUUCCUCAGCCUCCUGCCCUGCCCCCCCAAUGCCCAGGGCCCCAACAAGCGCUGUGAGGUCCGCAGCUGCCCCAAGUGCUUCAGCGUCCUGGAGGACGUCUGGGCCCUGUACCGGGCCUGCCAGAACGAGGAGCUCAUCACCUCUGUGCAGGGCUUCCUGGGCAGGUACCACCAGGCUUUCUCGGCCUCAGAUCCUGCUCUCUCCGAGCCGCCCGCGUCGGCCCAGGGCAGCCCGGCGUCCAUCUGCUACAUCUGCGGGGCUGAGCUGGGCCCUGGGAAGGAGUUCCAGCUCAACGUGAACCCUUCCAGCCGCUUGGGCGAGAAAGAGCCCUUCUUUCCCUUCCUCACCGUCUAUCCGCCCGCCCCGCGCGCCAGGCCUGCCGACUCCACCGGCCUGGUGGCCACCUGCGUGCUUUGCUACCACGACCUGCUGGGCCAGUGGCUGCAGCACGAGGCCCGCGGCACCCAGCACGCCGUCAGCCCCUGGUCUCGGCAGUACCAAGUGGAGACGUUCGUGUGCUUCUUCUGCCGGCAGGAGAAGAAGCGGUGUCUCGGGCUGAAGGCCGUGCGGGUCGCCCGGCUGCCCUUGUUUCUCUACACCCUGCGAGCGAGCCACAGCCUCUUAGUGGACGAUGGCCGGCAGCUGAUAAUCGGCGCCUGCACAGAGUGCGGGACCCUGGUGUGUGCUGGCCAAGGGCUCACCCGCCAGGGACCCAUGGGCUGGAGCUCCCCAGUGGCAGCUGCGAGGAAGGUCACCUCUGCAUCUCUCGAGGCAUCGACGGCCGUCCACCCUCCCUCCCGGGAGCCCGAGCCUCGGCCAGGCGCCCCAACGGAGAGCCUGCCCAGGGGCCCCAGGACCGCCCAGGAGCAGGGGCCAGUCCGGUGUCAGCAGAGCAGCCUGGACGGGGCCGGACCGGACCUCACGGGCACAGGCAUGAGCCAUGAGCCCAAGUCCCCUUCACUAGGGAUGCUUUCCACCGCGACCAGGACCACCGCCACCGUCAACCCCCUCACCCCCUCGCCGCUCAAUGGCGCCCUGGUGCCCAGUGGCAGCCCCGCCACCAGCAGCGCGCUGUCGGCCCAGGCCGCGCCGUCCUCCAGCUUUGCUGCCGCGCUGCGCAAGCUCGCCAAACAGGCAGAGGAGCCCAGAGGGUCUUCACUGAGCAGUGAGUCGUCCCCCGUCUCCUCUCCGGCCACCAACCACAGCUCUCCAGCCAGCACGCCCAAGCGCGUGCCCAUGGGCCCCAUCAUCGUCCCCCCCGGGGGCCACAGCGUCCCUAGCACGCCCCCCGUGGUGACCAUCGCCCCCACCAAGACCGUCAAUGGCGUGUGGAGGAGCGAGAGCCGGCAGCAAGACGCUGGCUCUCGGGGCAGCGGCAGCGGUCGGGAACGCCUCAUCGUGGAGGCCCCGCUGCCCCAGGAGAAGGCAGGGGGCCCGGCCAUCCCCUCCCACCUGCUCAGCACCCCCUACCCUUUUGGCAUCUCCCCCAGCUCGGUGGUGCAGGACUCCCGCUUUCCUCCGCUGAACCUCCAGCGGCCCGUGCACCACGUGGUGCCCCCCAGCACGGUGACGGAGGACUACCUGCGGAGCUUCCGGCCCUACCACACCGCCGAGGACCUCCGCGUGUCCUCCCUGCCUCCCCUGGGCCUGGACCCGGCCACCGCCGCGGCCUACUACCACCCCAGCUACCUGGCCCCGCACCCUUUCCCCCACCCGGCCUUCAGGAUGGACGACUCCUACUGCCUGUCGGCCCUGCGGUCCCCCUUCUACCCCAUCCCCACCCCCGGCUCCCUGCCCCCACUGCAUCCAUCAGCUAUGCAUCUUCACCUCUCUGGGGUCCGCUACCCGCCCGAGCUCUCGCACUCGUCCCUGGCAGCGCUGCACUCGGAGCGGAUGUCCAGCCUCAGUGCUGAGAGGAUGCAGAUGGACGAGGAGCUGAGGCGGGAGCGGGAGCGCGAGCGUGAGCGGGAGGCUGACCGCGAGCGUGAGAAGGAGCGCGAGCGUGAGCGUGAGAAGGAGCGUGAGCGUGAGAAGGAGCUGGAGCGCGAGCGGGAGCUGGAGCGUCAGCGGGAGCAGCGGGCCCGCGAGAAGGAGCUGCUGGCCGCCAAGGCGCUGGAGCCGGCCUUCCUGCCCGUGGGCGAGCUGCACGGGCUACGGAGCCACGCCGCUGAGGAGCGGGGCAAGGCCUCGGAGCAGCUGACCCCAACCCGAGCAGAGAAGCUGAAGGACGCGGGCCUGCAGGCGCCCAAGCCCGUGCAGCACCCCCUGCACCCGGCGGCCGCCCCGCACCACCCCGUGCCCGGCCUCCUCUCCACCCACGGCCUCUUCUCUCUGCCGGGCAGCAGUGCGGCCACGGCCCUGCUCCUCCAGCGCACCAACGAGGAGGAGAAGUGGCUGGCGCGGCAGCGGCGGCUGCGGCAGGAGAAGGAGGACCGCCAGUCGCAGGUGUCUGAGUUCCGGCAGCAGGUGCUGGAGCAGCACCUGGACCUGGGCCGGCCGCCGGCGCCCACGGACGCGGAGCACAGGCCUGAGAGUGCCAGGCCGGGACCAAACCGUCACGAGCCGGGAGGCCGCGACCCCCCGCAGCACUUUGGCGGCCCCCCGCCCCUCAUCUCACCCAAGCCCCAGCACCACUCGGUGCCCACGGCCCUCUGGAACCCGGUGUCCCUGAUGGACAGCACGCUGGAGACACGGCGCGCCCCCGAGGGCCACCCUCUGCACGGCCACCCUGCCCCGUUUGAGCCCAGCCGCCAGGCGGCCGUCCCGCUGGUGAAGGUGGAGAGGGUCUACUGCCCCGAGAAGGCGGAGGAGGGACCCCGGAAGCGAGAGGCCGCCCCCCUGGACAAGUACCAGCCGCCGGCCCGCGAGGCAGGGGGCCUGGAGCAGCAGGCCUUCCCCCCUGCGCCUGCGCACUUCCUGGCGGAGCUCGAGCCGUCCACCCAGACCGUCCUGGGCCAGCCCCGGGCCCCGCCGGCCCCCUUCGGGGAGACCCCUGGGCCCCUGAAGCCGGGCUCGCCCUACCGGCCCCCGGCGCCCCGGGGCCCCGACCCCACCUAUGUCUACGACGAGUUCUUGCAGCAGCGACGGAGGCUGGUCAGCAAGCUGGACCUGGAGGAGCGCCGGCGGCGGGAGGCCCAGGAGAAAGGAUACUACUACGACCUGGACGACUCCUACGACGAGAGUGACGAGGAGGAGGUUAGGGCCCACCUCCGCUGCGUGGCCGAGCAGCCGCCCCUCAAAUUGGACACGUCCUCCGAGAAGCUAGAGUUUUUGCAACUUUUUGGCUUGACCACCCAACAGCAGAAGGAGGAAUUGCUGACUCAGAAGCGGAGGAAGCGGCGGCGGAUGCUGAGAGAAAGAAGCCCGUCGCCCCCGACGGUUCAGAGCAAGCGGCAGACGCCUUCGCCGAGACUGGCGCUGUCCACCCGCUACAGCCCCGACGAGAUGAACAGCAGCCCCAACUUCGAGGAGAAGAGGAAGUUCCUGACCAUCUUCAACCUGACCCACAUCAGCACUGAGAAGAGGAAAGAACCAGCCACGCAGCAAGCCUCUCUGGAUACGGAGAAGCCUGUGGGUAUCACUGCUUCCUUGUCUGACACCCAGAAGGCCACGGAGCCUGGGAGACUGGAACAGCUCCUGCCCCAGGAGCGAGUCCCAGAGCCAGCCCCCGCCAGCGGCGAGAAAGCCAGGCCGAGCGAGACCCCUGGGGGCAGGAAGAGCCUGAGCAUGCUCCACUACAUCCGGGGCCCCGCGCCCAAGGACAUCCCCGUGCCGCUGUCCCACGGCAUCAACGGGAAGAGCAAGCCGUGGGAGCCCUUCGUGGCGGAAGAGUUCGCGCAUCAGUUCCACGAGUCCGUCCUGCAGUCCACCCAGAAAGCCCUGCAGAAGCACAGAGGAAGCGCAGCUGUGCUGUGUGCAGAGCAGAACCACAGCAUCGACACCUCUGUCCACUACAACAUCCCCGAGCUGCGGUCCUCCAGCCGGCUGCCUCUGCCCCAGCGUGACGGGCAGCAGGAGCCCCCCGCCGGGAGGAAGGGCCCCCUGGCACAGGAGGUGGACCCGGACUCAGAGGAGGAGGACGACGACGAUGGAGAGGACGACGACGAGGACCCCCCGAAGCGCAAGUGGCAUGGGAUCGAGGCCAUCUUUGAAGCUUACCAGGAACACGUAGAAGAGCAAAAUCUAGAGCGGCAGGUGUUACAGACGCAGUGCAGGCGGCUGGAGGCCCAGCACUACAGCCUCAGUCUCACGGCCGAGCAGCUCUCCCACAGCAUGGCGGAGUUGAGGAGCCAGAAACAGAAGAUUGUUUCAGAAAGGGAGCGACUCCAGGCAGAACUGGAUCACUUACGGAAGUGCCUUGCGUUGCCUGCAAUGCAUUGGCCUAGAGGUUACUUUAAGGGAUAUCCUAGGUGACGGUUUCCCUUGCACUAGGCCGAACCUAUAGUAUAGACAUAUUAUCUAUUUUAUUACCUUGAAUAUUUAAUAUUUUUCACUGGGAGGUUUGAAGCUUAAAGAAAUGAGAAUGUGCCACAUGCAUGAAGCAAAGGAUUCCAGGCUCCAGAAGAAAGAACGAACUCGCCUUGACUUCAAUGCAAUUGAAUCGCCUUUGUAAUUCAGCGAGCAACCCCUGUAGAACACCCAGUUUUUUCUUUUUAAAGGCAGUUUUAUUCUUUCCCCACGUCAUGAUUUUUUAAUCUGAAGAUGAAAGGCUCCAUUACCAACACUAAAAUCCAAUCGUUUCUAGCCCCUGGGUGUGUAGGACUGGACCGGACCGUCGGUGUUCUGUCUUGGUUGCCAUGUGACUAGGCCUCGAGAACCCAGGUGGUUCUGGCUGCAGGGGGUGGUGGCCGGUCUCAGUCCUCCCCGGGACUGAGACCUACCUUCAGUGGAAGGGAGGUGGGGUGCAUUUUUAAGUAAAGGGCUUAUUUCAGUUACUUUUUCUGCAAAAUUUUCUUCAAAGCAACAGGUCCUAGGAGCACACAAAGCAACAGUGCUGAAGCCUUACCCAAAGGCUUUUCCCCAGAAAAGCUCUUACCUUACCUAAAGAUAAAAAGCGAAUCAACAAACUGAAGGUACCUUUCUAUUACUUCACGGGGGAAAAUGUACAGAGCUCUGUGUACACGUUUAUUCACACCCACCAGAUUGUUACUGCGGUAGGGGUGUUUUCAUACAAACGUAAAUUUUUGAGAGGAAAGUCAAAGGUGCUUCAGCCUUGUACUGUGUAUAUAUAUUAAAAAACAAAGUUUUGUAUGUUUUUAUUACUUUAAUUAUUGUUAUAAAAAAGCCUGCCAUUUUUAAUAUGUGGUUUGGAGGGAUUUUUGUUGUUUGUUUUCUUGUUUGGGGGUUUUGUUUGUUUUUGUUUUGUUUUUCUGGGCAAAAAAAAAAAUCCUUGCUUUUUAGUGUUUGUACUGCUGCUGGUCAGGACAUUAAGAUAUUGAAGUGUUUUUAAAAAAAUUAAAGAAGAAGAAAAGUAAAGAGCUUA